GUAAGCUGCACGUAUCCCGCGCCCGCGCACGACCCAAACUUUACUCGCACGCUCCGACGUAACGUGAAUGAAGUGGUGAUAUUAUCAUAUCGAGUUUUUUUGGUUCUACAAUACUUUCAUUUUAUUUAUCUCGCUGACAGUUCAGCGGCUGUUGUGUUGUUCAAUUUGUUCUGUGACUCUGCAAGUUGGAGGUGUACGGUUUAUUUUCAAUACGGCCGUCUGUUUACGGUCUGGGCCGGGCGACUGCCGACGCCCGUUAUAAUGUGACCGGCGCACGACAACGCGCGUCUCUCCUCAAGGUGAUUGCGAUGUGGUACACGUGGACCGUGUUACUGCUGGUGUCCUGUGCGCUGGUCGCAGCGGAGGGCCAGGCGGAAGCCGCAACGGGGGCGCAGCCGGAGGCCCCGGCGACGGUGACGCCCGGGCCCACCGCGACGCCCCGUACGCCGCCUCGCACGCCACCCCGCACACUCGAUCGGCAAGCCGCCGAACUUGCCUGGCGCACCUGGCUGCAGAGCCCGGAGAGCGGCAACCCCAACGCUCCAGCGAGACGGAUCACGACCAAGUCCUUAUUCAUAACGCCGCUCGUCUGUCCCAAAGGACAACGGCUCGAUCGGAACGGCUGUGUUCAGGUGGUGACAGUCGACAAAGAUGAACACGAGCGCAUCUUACUUGAACAUUUAAAUGCGUUGUUCACAUCGGCGCCAGGCGGCAGCGAUGUGCAGUACGACUACGGUGACGAAGAACCGGGGCCCCUGCAGCUCUCUAUACCCAUCGGUUAUGAUGCGCAAGCAUCUCCUCUGCAAUCUCAAGAUCAAGGCGACACGGGGCAGGACCUCAACAACAUGAAAAUCGACAAAAAAGGCGAUAAUACUCAAACAAACGACGCCAGCAUAGAGGCUGAAUUAGAACUGCUGAAACUACAGCAGGGUCAUAACAAUACCACUGGCACGAAAGGCAGCCACGUUAUAAGCCAAAACGCACUGGCCAAUUUCUUAGCCUACCACGAAAAACCAAAGCGUGACAGUCCCAUGACCAAUUCUAGUGAAAUAGAAACUUUGAAUUCGACAGACGUCGGACAAAAGGAAGAAGUUUUUGGACAUGUAGCCGUUGAUCCCGUACUAUACGAUACUUCUUAUCAAAAUCAACAAUCGUCAACAGAGCAUGCAAUUGAAUAUUCUGGUGAAUCAUCAUCGACUGAUAGCCCAUUAAAUGCUUCCAAUAGUACAAAUAUCGAAAGCAGCUCUGCAGGCUCGUCGAAACAAACAGACACGCCAGAAUUGAAAAAGGAAAACGAUAAUUCUAAACUAAACCCUGAACACGAUUACUCCGACAUCGGCGAAGCGAUAAAGAUAAUAAGCCGAUUCGCUGAAGUUACUACUGAUGACAAUUUUGCUAAAGAUAAAAGUAAUUCGUCGAAAGAAGAAGCUAGCAGCAUUUUGGGCACCCGUACGAAGCUGCAAUACCGGCGAAAUAAACCGAAGCCGGCAGAAAACGCGGAAGAUACAACGGUCAAGACUCAAGACAAGAUGUCGAGUGACGACAAACUUCAAGAGAACCAUCCAACUAAGAAUCUAUACUUUAGAUAUUCUUGGCCAAACCAUUUACGCUCACCACCGUCUGAUUAUCCUUUUAAAAAUGUACAAGACUACUGGCCGGGACAGCGCCAUGUGGGCGGGGUGUACGCAAUGCACGAGAAUCCACGGCGACAUCACCACACUUAUCCCCAUAAUUAUUUCCGGCCACGUUCGUAUCCAUACGCAGACUACUCACAACUGAACCCGCGGCUGCGUGAAAACUACUCCGGACUUCAUCGAUACCCCCACAGAGUGGUGCAUCACGAGGCUAGUCCGAUCAGACCCCACACCAAUGAUCGAGAUCUAUACACCUUGCUCGGUCUCAGACAUUGGUUCAGCGGCGAAGGCACCUCCAAGAGAUAGUUCGCUUUUCCAACAUGGUAGAUACAAUUGACGUUACCCGACGACAUAUAAUGGAAGCUAUGGGAAAAUGUUUUAAACUCAAAUAUUAACUCUCAAUUGCAUUUAAAAUUAAUAUUUGUUAACAAUUAUCAACUUAGAAACUUCCUGUCGUCUUCUUCGUCCAUAGCUUUCAAUAUAUUAGCUUAUUUAUUUCAAAGCCAAAUAUUACAGUCAUAGUUAAU